AUGGGUUCGGGGCACCGUCCAACCCCUCAGGAGAAAGCAGGCGAGAGUCGCUGCGCGCGCUCGCCUGCCCGGCGGCUGCAGCAGUUUGGUUUCUUGGAGAAACGGGAGCAGGUGUCCUUGUGCGUGUCCAUCUUGGAGCGGUUCCUUCAGGCCCUGGACCCGCUGGAUGUCAUCCGCAACUUCCGGGGCGAGCUGCAGGAAGGGCUCUUCCACCCCGACGACACUGUCAAGAUCCUCACCAUCUCGCAGGUUGGAAGGAUAGUUGAAAAUUCAGAUGCCGUUAGAGAAGUUGUUGGUAAUCCUGAAUUACUAAGGCAGAUCAUUUAUUGCAUUGGUGGGGAGAAAAUAUCUGUAGCUAAAGAGGCCAUCAAAUCGCUGUCAAGAAUAGCACAGACCCAAGAUGGGCUUGAGGCUUUAUUUGGAAGAAGUCUGUUAGUUGACUUGAAAAAUGUCAUGGGAACAAGUGAUAUUGUACGAUAUAGAGUAUAUGAGUUAAUUGUUGAGAUUUCUUCAGUGUCAGCAGAUUCUUUGAAUUACUGUGCAAACAGUGGAUUAAUAUCUGACCUGCUUGGCGAGCUGACUGGAGAGGAUGUGCUGGUCAGAACAACCUGCAUUGAGAUGGUGACCUCUUUGGCUUACACUCAGCAUGGACGUCGGUAUCUUGCCCAACAAGGGAUCAUUGAUAAAAUUUCUAAUAUAAUCAUUGGUGCAGAUUCUGAUCCGUUCUCAGGCUUCUACUUGCCAGGAUUUGUUAAAUUUUUUGGAAAUCUGGCUAUUGUAGACAGCCCUCAGCAGAUCUGUGAACAGUACCCUGUGUUUGUGGAAAAAGUCUUUGAAAUGGCAGAAGGUCAUGACCCAACCAUGAUUGGAGUAGCUGUGGACACGCUUGCAAUCCUAGGAUCAAAUAUGGAAGGAAAACAGGUUUUGCAGAAAACUAAGAGUCGGUUCCAAGAUCUGCUGAACAGAAUUGGGCACCACGCAAAGAAUGCUCCAACAGAGCUAAGACUUCGGUGCUUGGAUGCCAUAUCUUCUCUUCUUUACUUGCCACCAGACCAGCAGACAGAAGACCUCCUAAGAAUGACUGAAUCCUGGUUUGCCUCCUUAUCAAGCCAGCCUUUGGAGCUCUUCAGGGGCAUCAGCACUCAGCCGUUUCCUGAUCUCCACUGUGGGGCUUUAAGAGUAUUUACUGCCAUUGCAAGCCAGCCGUGGGCCCAGAAAUCGAUGCUUGAAAGUCCAGGAUUCAUAGAAUACAUCGUAGACCGAUCUGUGGAACCCGACAAGCCUUCAAAGGAUGCCAAAUAUGAACUGGUUAAGGCCCUUGUCAAUUCUAAGACAAUUGCUGAAAUCUUUGGAAACCAGUAUUUCCUAAGGCUUAAGGCUUACCUGCGUGAAGGUCCUUACUAUGUUAAGGCUGUAUCUACCACUGCUGUGGAAGGAGCAGAAUAGUAUCACUCACUCCUCAUUUUUCCUUUCUGGCAAUCCCCAUAGUACUGGAGCAGUGCUUAGUACAAAGUGACUCCAGUUCAGGGGAUUUGACCUCAUGGAAGGAACUCAAGUAUCUGACACUGUUGGAAAUGACAGGGUCAGGAGAGUAACUCUCAACCAUAGGGCACAGUGUAACUUUCUUAAGGGUAUCAUGGUGUAUACAUAAGUCCCCCUUCUGUAUGGGUGCAUAUUAUAUUGUUUAAAAAUAACACUGACUGAGAUGAGCAUUUUGUCAGUAGCUGAUUUAUGUUUUAUUUUGCAGAAGUUACUGGUAUAUGUUUAGACUGAGAGUUCCUGGUUUUGAGGCUCUCAUCAUGUUUUCUUGUAAAAUCAAAGAAAAAGCAGAUUCUGUAACAUCAAAUGCUGAAGUUUAGGAAAUAUCUUUCUUUCUUUCUUUUUUUUUUUUUUUCUUCUCUCUCAUGUGGUACACCAGUAGAAAAUCCUGUCCUAACUGACCACAUGUCAUUAAAGAUUAAAUUUUAUUAAAACAAAAUAGAUAAAUCCUGGGAGUUCUCAUACUAACAUGAGAUGGCACGUAGAAGACUCCUUAUUUUCAGUUUCCUUCGCUGGACAUGCAUCUCACAUGAAUGGAUGAUGCUAAAUAUUGUUUACAUUUGUACGGUCAGAGUGAAUGUAAAAAAUCUCGAACUUUUUUGCAAAUAUUCACCUUUGAUAAAGCAGGUACAAAAACAAAUGGGAAAUGUUGACUUUGCUGUUAGAUGCUAUUUCUCGCUGGCAGCUUGGAUUACAUGUUGAAGAGAUGAUAUGAAUAUGCUCUUCUUUGGUCAGUCUGUCUACUUCAGAACCAAAUUUUAACUAGUUCUCGCUUUUUUUUUUUUUUAUAUAUAGAUAUUUUUUUAUUUAAAACAACUAUAUGCAAUAAGGCAUCAAGGCUUAGUGUGUAAAGGCAUAAACUGAACCAAGGAGGAAAACUUCUAGAACAGCUUGUGUGUAGUAUGUGGGUGUACGUCCUCCUCUGAAGAUAAGCUGUUGUGGGGAUGAGGUCCCAGGCUAGCUAGACCAUUGGUUAGUUAGUUUGGUAAUGCUGGUGUCUGUCAGUCCACAGAUCAAGUUUACUUAAUAUUUGUGUUCUGCCGUAAUUUAAACCAUCAGUUUACUUUUGCUAAGGGCGUAAAAUACCAUUUAUUGCAUAAUUUAAAAAAAAUGAUGUUAAGGGAACACUAAGGUUACCUCGUAAUGUUGUAAUAAUACAUCAGGUUAGACGCACAGUAUGGCAGUGGCUUGGUCAUUUGCCCAUCCUGCCAAGCCAUGGUGAAUGAGUGAAUCGCCUCGAUUGCACUGCAGCACCCCUCUGGCUGUGUGUGGGUUUUGGGCAGGAGGAGAAAUACCAUCCCUGUCUUUGAUGCAAGACUUGUCGUCAUAAAUGGGACAAGACAGACAAAGGCUCAGGGUGCCCAGAGGGUUAGGGGGUGGAGAGGGAAAGCGAUUUAAUUCAUUCUCUCAAUGUAGAGUAACUUGUUAAGCAACUUCUACUUAUGUACAUGAACUGCAAUUAUUAUGGAUAUCGGCCCUUAUCCUGUGGUUAGAACUGUCUGUCAGAAAGCCUUAUAUAAAUAAUUACAUCUGUGGUACCUGAUACUGGACAGUGUAAUAUUUUAGUGUCUCUCUCCCUUGUCAGGAAAAAGGGCAAACCUGUUUGUUGCAUUAAGGGAAACCAUCACCAGAAACGCUGUAAAUCCUGCAUGUGGAAACCAUUUAAAAAAAAAAUGUUUUUAAGCUAUGUUGAAAGUAGUUAAAAAUACCUGCUUUUCCUUGGACUGACUAGUCUCCAUGUUAUGGGUUUAGUUAGAUUUUGUGUGCUGGUAACCAUUGUAUGAGCCCUGUAUUGAAAUUUCAGUAAAAGUAAACUAGUAUAUAAACUUUU